UGUACAGAUUGGCGCAACACUUGGUACGGAUUCUGUCUAGUCAUGCGAAACCAAAUCGAGUCAGGCCAACGUCUGAAACGCACAUGUGUCGUGUAGUGAUGGCUUGGCGCAUGUUUGAAUGAAUUCACGUUGUCACUAGGUGAACGUUGCGAUUGCCGCUUUGUGGGUAGCGUUUUAUUGCGGCACAUCAGUGAUGGACCAUGACCCGGGCGUAUAGCGCAUAAGUUGGAGACGCAGUGGCGCUCCCACGACGUUCUUCGAUCGGAGGACGCAAGUGCCACUUUCGAAGAGUUCCUGCUCUCUAAGCAGCUACUUAGUGGACUCCGCAAAGCGGGAUUUGUCAGGCCGUCGCCAAUACAGCUGCGUGCCAUUCCUCUCGGCCUCUGUGGUUUCGAUAUGGUCGUGCAGGCAAAGUCUGGCACUGGCAAAACGUGCGUCUUCUCUGUGCUCACCCUGCAAGCCGUCAACAUCUCCAACAAUGCAGUACAGGUCUUGAUCCUGGCGCCAACACGUGAAAUAGCUGUUCAGUCUUGCGACACAGUUUGCUGUCUUGGCUGUGACAUGCCAGGGCUCAAGACGUAUGCCUUCAUUGGAGGCGUGCCAAUCAAAGAGGACCUGCAGAAGCUGGCACGAUGCCAUGUUGCUGUGGGCACUUUAGGGCGUCUGCUGCAGCUGAUCCAGCAGGGCCAGUUGUCCCUGGAGUGGGUCCGACUCCUGGUGCUGGACGAGGCAGACCAGUUGCUGGGUGAAGGAUUCCUGGAGGACCUGAGGAAGCUGUGGGCAUCGCUGCCAGAGAGGCGGCAAGUGGUGGCAACCAGCGCCACCUACCCACCAGAGGUGGCACACAUUCUGGAAAAGGAGCUGCUUCGCAAGCCCAUGCUUGUUCGUCUAGGAGCUGACACACUUGCCCUGCUAGGAGUGUCGCAGUGGUACUGCGUGGCUGGGGGCACCGAUGAGGCCGCCUGGUUCUCAAGGAAGGUGCGUACGCUGGACGAACUUCUGCGUUGGAUGCCCUUCUCUCAAUGCCUGGUGUUUCUCAACUCACAGGCCAGAGCGCAGUCUCUGGAGGAGAAACUUCGACACGCAGGCCACAGGGCGCUGCUGCUCAGUGGAGCCCUGACACAGUCCGAGCGCAUCAAGGCCCUUGUGUGCCUGAAAGCCUAUCGCUGCCGCAUCCUCGUCUCCACCGACCUCGCAGCUCGCGGCAUUGAUGCAGAAAGGGUCAACCUGGUCAUUCACUUCGACAUAGCAUAUGACCUGGAGACUCAUCUGCACCGUUCUGGACGUGCAGGCCGUUACGGGACAGCAGGUCAGGCAGUGACACUGGUUACGGGACACCAAGAACUGAACCGGCUUCGCACACUCUGUGCACCCCUCAACUUGGAUAUAAGACCACUGCCGGGUUCCCCGAGCUGUGAAUGCGAGAACGACAAUGUACAUCUGAAUGGUGAUGCGAGCAGUGAUGUUUCAGAGCAAGGAAUUAAAGAGGCAAUGGUACAAGAACCUUCAAGUGAAGUCACACCUUGUCAAGAAAAUAGCUACAGUGAAACAGGUUCUUUUAAUCCACCAUUUCUGCAAAGCGUUUCUAUGGUGACAUGUGCACAAUUGAUACAGAUGCCAAAAAAUGCACCUGAGUCGUCACCUACAAAUAGUCCAGAAGAAAUCUAUAUGAAAGAAACGCUGCUACCAGUGAGUGCAGUAUUGCAACCUCCUGCUGAAAGUGGUUCAGUGAGACCAGGCAUACAAGCAAUGCAGUUGUCGAUGAGUACAGUCAAAUCAACCCCAAGGAAUGAUCCUAAAGAAGCGCCCCCAAAGGUGAUGCAGUCACUGCUGGGCCCCUCGGAACUUACACCAAGAAAGAGCAUGAGUAGAGCCAAAAAUAACGUUUUGCAGCCUGUGAUGGAGCCUUCAUUGAAGCUAAGAGAGAUCCUCGUGGGCCAGAAGGUGCUUCCACGUCUGCAGCCUCUUCUUCAGUGGCCACCAGAUCCUUUACUGGGCAAGGAGCUGGCGGCCCGCAUUCAAGUAGAGAAAGAAGCAUUCAGCAAAGCGUGCGGUGUUGUUUUUAAACCUGGUAGAACACUGAAGACUUCCAUUGCUCGGCGAGUGUCUGAGCAUAAUUGUGCAUGUCCCUCGACGGAUGAAGCCAUUGAUAGGCAUGAUGAGUGUAAAGCAGAAAACUCCAAAACAGUGGUGCAUAUUGAUGCAACAGCUGAUGACAUUAAAAAAGAGCAGGAGCCAGGUGACAUUUCUCCAGAGGCGGUGGACAUAAAGGAGGUUGUUUAUAGCCAUGAAAAGCCGCAAACAGAAGAAGUUGUGUAUGUGGAGACCAUUGAACAGCAGCAGGAAUUAAGUGUGCAGGCUUCAGUGUCUGAAGUUAUGAGCAGAAACGUAGGGGACACUGUCAUACGUGAUGGCUUCUUUCCACAGCCCCCGACAAAUCGUUCAGGUCUUAGAGAAUGCAAGCUGAAUAAAAGAUGCAGUGCUGCUCAAGUGAGAGAAACCACUGGUUCACUGAAAAAAAUACCAGGUAAGUUGGGCGUAACAUCUAAAGCCCUGGAAAUGAAGAGUCACGCUCUACACAACUUAGAGCACGAACGCUCAUCGUCAGGUGCAACAGCAAGGAUAAAAGAUGGGAUGCUUCAAAGUCUCUGUCUGCAACCAAGGUCGCAGGACAUCAGGAAGGAAUUGAAAGAAACUUUGGUGGGGGAAUCAUUAAAAGACAAUGGCACUGUUGCCCAUCAAGAACGAAAACAGCCAAAGGUUGUCAGUUCUGGCCGAAGCAAAAGUGUUGGAGAGAACUUGCUUCUUCACUUUGGACACUUGAAAGGCAGUUCACCCACUCGACAACUUAUGUCGUCGUUGCUCCCAGCUCGCACAAGCCAGACAUACUUGUCGCCUUUGAAGAGGUUUCACGUACAGGCAGGAAUAGAUUGCAAUUCUAGUGACAGUUGUCAUCCUACCGAAAUAAGCUUAUGUAAUGAGUGUGCACAACAAUGCAAUGCAAUCAAAGCAACAUGCUUUAGGGAAGGUCACUUGUUCCAGACUGCCACAGUAGCCUCCUCAGUCCCAUCCAUAAUAGCACAGUACCAAGUGAAUGCUGCUGCCAUGGACUGGUCGCGUAAUUGGUUCAUUUGGCACCAGUGGUACAUAAGCAAAAUGCUGGAAGCUAAUCGCUAUCACCAAUGACUAAUUGCUUUUGAAGAACUACCUUAGUACUUGUAAUGAUAAUACUUGUGCCGACGGGCACACAGACCUCAUAACCUAAUAGAAUUUGGUAUGUAUGUUGGUAUUAAAUGGACACUGAAGAUUUUCAAGUGUUUAUAAGUAUAUUAAAUACUCUUUUCAUGUCCUAA